AUGGAGGCGUACUACAACACAGUGCGUCGCCUCGAGGACAAGUUCGAUGGGCUCGAACUCAACCACAUCGCACGCAAAUACAACGAGGAAGCAGACAAAUUGGCCAAGAUCGCAUCUGGGCGGACCACCGUCCCCUCGAAUGUUUUCGCCCGUGACCUCGCCGAGCCAUCCGUCGACUUCAAGAGUCCAGCAGAAGCCACCAGAGCGGCACCCGAACCCUCGGGGGCUGCGACUGCUGAGCCCUCGAUCGAAGACCCCUCGGCGGAGGGGUCCGAGGCCAUGGACACAGAAACUGAAAUCUCCUUGGCGGACGAGGCUAAAGUGAUGGAGAUUGAUGAGGCCCCACCUUCGCAAGACUGGCGUGCCCAGUACCUUGAUUGGAUGAUCCGAGGGGUCCUACCCUCGGACCGCGCUCAGGCGCGGCGAAUCGCUAGGCGAGCCAAGUCUUUCAUCUUGAUCGACGACGAAUUGUACAAGCGCAGCCCCUCGGGAGUCAUACAGCGUUGCAUCCCCAUUCCCGAGGGCAAGAAGCUGAUCCGGGACAUCCACGCCGGGAUUUGUGGCGAUCAUGCGGCGCCACGCACCUUCAUGGGAAACGCGUUCAGGCAAAGCUUUUACUGGCCCACCGCGGUCACCGACGCCACUGAAGUCAUGCGGACCUGCGAGGGCAGCUAG